AUGGCGGGGCUUCGCCCCCUGACGCCGCUGCUUAUUAAGGCUCCGAUGCUACCUGACGGUGCAGACGCGAGCGAGGUUCCAGACGGUAUACUACCUGGCACUUCUCGCUCGCCAGCAGAGCAAAUCAAAAUGAGGACGAUCUUUUUCCUGGCGUUGGCCGCACUGGCCACCGCUGAGCCAGGGCAAAGCGACGUCGACGACGUAAACGCGCCACUGGAUGGCGAUGUCCAUAACCGGGUCAAGAGAGACAUAGGAUACGACCCCGAUGGCUACGGCCCCAACAUCAACGUGGAUAUGGAGAUCAACGCUGGACCCAAUGCUCACGUAGCCAUUGACGUUGACGUCAACAUUGGGAAGAAUUGGUUAGCACGUUUUUGUUUGUUUUUUCUGGCACUUUUGGAAGGUUGUCUGCCUCUGUUUAUUUAUUAACCACAAUUAUCCUCAUCACUUGGAAUCACUUGGAAGUUAGCUUAGCUCGAUAGCUCGAGGUACCAGCUGUUGCAUUCAACGCAGUUCUUGCAAGAGGAACCCUUCGCGAAUGUCGGCGGGAGUUUUUAAGAGCAGACGACACAGGACCCCGAGGCCGCCGCCCCCACGGCACAGCGCAGUUAUGCGUGUCCUUUAUUGACGGUGCUGUGUAUAACUAAGAAUUGUCAUUUGCAGGGCUUCGUUGUGAUGAUAAAAGAGUCAUUUACUUCUCAGUGGUAUUUUUGUACAAAUAAAGGUUUGAAAUCGCG